GUUUUAUGUGCUGCGGUCCCUUUAAGGGACCAUGGAAAUUUAGCACGUGUUGCGGAAGGACAACAUAACCGCACGCGGGUUUUCAAAAUGGAGAAGGAGUCUCUUCCGUGCUUUAUAUCAGACCAUGAAGGUUUCCAAGGAACUAUUAAAAACUCCCCUAAAGACUUUGUGGUUAUUGAGAUAGACGUCCAUGGACAACCUGUAAACAGUUCACAUAUUCAGAAAGAACACACAAAAAGACCCUCUCAAGCAAGUCAAGCUACAAUUAAAGAUAUUGUUAAAUCAAAACAAUCUACACCAGAUGACACAUACCUUUUAAAUCAGGAUUGCUUUGAUCUGAGUAUAAUUCUGGGUCCAGCUGUGAACAAAGAGUUGGAACAAUUCACUAACAGAAUGAAAAUGGGAGCCAGUCCGAGUGAACACGAUGAGCUGGAAAACAUGGAAUUGUCUUUGGGUACUUUCGCUGAUAAGCAUCAGAGAGCUGUUGUCCACAGAGCAGUAAGACACAACUUCCCCUUCCUACAGACUGUGACCAACCAAUCAGAGAUUCGAGUCAGAGAAGACCCAGACUUCAAGGAGCUCUCAAAGUUGGCCUCUGAAGAAGAGGUGGAGGAGUUCCUCAGGUUCAUUGAUGCCAAAGUGCCUGGCUCUGUGUUCACCUUCCUGCCCGAUGACAGCAAGGAGCACCGGACUUCAGUUCACCAUUUUGUCAGCAGGCGGUUUGGGAAGCUAGUGGAAACCAAGAGUUUCAGCGACCAGCAGAAGACUUCCAUUACAGUAAGACUCAGGGAGAGAAGCAAGCAACCCAAGAAGAGGACAAUAACAGAUUGUCAAGCGGAAGAAGAGGUGACAUUAUACACUGCUUUCACACUGCGCAAGGAGAACUUGGAGACUUUGGAGGCAAUCAGCUACAUGGCUGCAGUUCUUGGAGUGCUUCCAUCUGAUUUUACCUACGCAGGAAUCAAAGACAAACGAGCCAUCACCUACCAGGCCAUGGUGGUGAAAAAGAUCUCUCCAAAGCAGUUGAUGGAGAAAGUCUCAGAGUUUGAGAGAAGGGGAAUGCAGCUCUCUCAUAUCCGCCCAGUGUCUGAGCCUCUCAAACUUGGCAGACUCCUGGGAAAUCACUUUGAUCUUGUCAUAAGAGACCUGAAGUGUCAUGAGAAAUGUGGAGUCACAGAUCUACACAAGCUUGUAAAAGAGGCAGUGGAAAAUGUGAAGAACAAAGGCUUUGUGAAUUAUUAUGGGCCCCAGCGGUUUGGUAGUGGAUUGUGUGUCCAAGCAGAUCAAAUAGGACUAGCACUCUUGAAAGAGGAAAUGGAGACUUCUGUUAAGCUGUUCUUCACCCCAGAAGAUGGCGAUGACCUCCAAAAUAAGGCAAAGCGUCACUUUCUUCUCACAGGGAAUGCCAAGGAGACCCUGGCACUGAUGCCAGCUUACAAAGCCCGAGAGCGGCUGAUGCUGCGUGCACUCCACCGGUACGGCAGCGGACAGGAGGGCUGCACACGUGGCUGGCUCAGUUUACCCCACAGCAUGAGGCUCUUCUACCUCCAUUCUUACUGUAGUAGAGUGUGGAACGAAGCAGCCGCAUACAGGCUCCAAAAACUGGACUUCAAGCCGGUCCAGGGAGAUCUGGUGUGGGGUGGAUGUGAAAAGGGGCUUGAAGAUGUCACCGAAGAGCUGAAUGCUCCACAGGUUCACAUUGUGACCUAUGAGGAAGAAAAGAAUGAUGUUUUCUCAUUAAACCAGGUCAUUCUUCCGAUGCCAGGAAAUACUGUGAAGUACCCAGAAAACCUUCUGGGCCAGUGGUAUCUAAACAGAUUGGCUCAGGACGGCUUGGGGUCAUGCCGUUUCAGAGUGACUCCUCUAAAACUCAAUGUCCCGGGAUGUUAUCGCCCCCUGCUUGCAAAGCCACAGAGCAUCUCUUACAGCUUGCAGACUGCAGAGAAGCUAGAGACUACAAGCCAGAAAGAAAAGCCUUGGGCACCCAUUCUAACAUUAGCUUUUGACUUGGAUGCAUCCUGUUAUGCUACUGUGUGUCUCAGGGAGAUUAUGAAGUGUGAUGUUUCAUAGUUCAUCAAUGUUGACAAGAUCUUUACAUACUAAAUAAAGAGGUUGUUUGGCAACCGUCAGAUGUGA